UGUUAGAUAGCAUUUAAAAUUCAAUUCAAUGAAUUGUCGAAGCACUGUUCAUUUGGCGUAUCUUGAAGAAGAAUAAAAUCACCGAAAUAUACCAUUCUUUUGCAGUUAAAUUGUGUAAAAACUUUACAAAGACCAAGCUAAUAUGUGAAACUACUCGACUAUAUUUUUUUAAACAACAAGCAGCCAGGGUACACCAUAUAUUAUGUUAAUUUUAUUCUAUUUUAAUGACCGUCCAGCGACGCAGCUGCACUUUCAUCUGUGCAUGAGCAAGGCAGAUAUCGCUUUUAAUUUCAGAUAAUUAAUUUAAUGCUGCCAAAAAUUGUAUAAUAAUGAAAUGAAUCAGAGCGGACCAAUAGCCGUUGCUCCCAAGUGUAUCUAUUGACAACUUUAAAUGAAUUAGAGCAAGUGGAAUUUUAUAGAAUCAGCGUUGGCUAAAAGUUUACAGCUUUUUCCCAAUUACCGAGUUGCCAAAGUUUCAAGCUAAAACGUCGAGUAAUCGUUGGUCACUGGGACCUUGAACUGUUUAACUCAGCUCAAGUGUUCACCUAGAAAUACGAUCCUUCAAGAUGGCCGGCGCUGGAUCUAUUGCCAGCCCUCCUACGUCCGCAGUUAAUUUGAGCGACAAAACCAUCAACACUUGCCUAUGCAAUAUUUUCGCUAACUUGCAUCUUAGUCCAUUAGUCAUGGGAACUAUUGUAAAGACGGAAUGUCAGGGAAAGAAAGAUUAUGAGACUUAUAGAAAAUACUUGGAUCGUUUGCGAACAGAGAAAAACGAACCAGUUUUCUCCAAUAGAGAAUGGAAACAAGAAUUUGGUUUCAACUCAGAAAUUUUUGCCCAAGAGACGAGUCCUGCUAACUUCGAUGUCACUGCUAUCUUCUGUUUGCUUUCCCACAUUUUCACAAAAGUUAGAAGAUAUGAUACGAGUACGAGCAAAGAAAUGUUUGACAAGUUGCGUGUCGUCAAGAAUAUGCGAAACAACGUUUUCCACAAUAUGGAUCAACUUCAGAACGAGAAAAAUUUUGAUGAUCUGACAUCAGCAUUGUUUGAUCUAAUAGAAGAAGCCGGAAGAUUUUACUCAGUUUCAAUGGACCCAAGUAUUUUAUCUUUUCCUUCUGAUGUUAUGAAACAAAAGCUUAGUGAUGAAAUAGACCAACUGAAGGGCUUGGACAAAAAUGACAUUCAUUACUGGGUAUCGAGGUUGGUUUUGGACGGAAAAGAAGCCAUAAGACUUCUCUGGGUGCCAACGCUAUCCUGCGAAAUGCUUAUGUUGAGCCACGACGUGGUUCUACGCCAAGACGUAUUCCACGCCCUUGACGUAAUGGUGAGGGAAGGCAGCAGCGAAAAUGUCCUCCCAUACACCAAAAUUUUUGAGGCAUCGGAACAGGUGGUGGUGGUAACAGGGGUUGCUGGUGCUGGUAAGACAACACUCCUGAAAAACAUCAUGCUCCAAUUUUUCAUGCAUGUGGAUGCUGAUUACUUGAUCUCAUUUGACCUGCUCAUCUUUUUCGAGUGCAGAGAUCGCGACUCGAAAACACUGAAUGACGUCAUCGAGCAACACUUCGAAAAUCUGUGCAACGAGCGAGGUGGUCAAGAGAACGUCCCAAAAGCCCUUCUACGCCUCAAGGUGCUAUUUAUAAUCGAUGGCUUCGAUGAAGUUCACGCCGAAUCAUUAGCUGUUGUAAGUGAGGUCAUAAGGAAAAGGCGAAGAAGCAAUUGGCGUGUACUGAUCUCUAGUCGUCCUCAUGGCAUGGAGAAAUUGGGACCAAUCCUGACCCGCAAUGACGCUUGCUACACUGCGUAUGAGAUUGUGCCUCUGAGAGCGCUUGAAGACCAACUUGAAUUCCUGAGGAAGUACGAAGAGUCCUUUGGUAAAGGUAAUAAGGCAGGAGAAAUUACAAGGUGCUUCGAAUCGCUCAAUGAGGACGUCCGAAGUCUAUUUACGGAACCCAUUAACUUGAUGCAUUUCUGUGCCGUGCAUAAGUACCUACCUGACAUGAUCUUAUCAUGGGAAAUGCCUGGAGACGUGGCCCAUAGUAUCCUACAGUUGUACAAAAAACUCGUUCUGACGAAAUUGUUGGAUGCAAGUUACAACAAACCAGACGACCUUGUUGCCGACCUGUUUGAAGUCAUCGGCAAAGAAGCAUUAGAAUUACUUGUAGAAAAUGUCAUAGUUAUAUCAGAAGAAAAGUGCGAGCACAUUAAACAACAGUGUAAAUUGAAAUUUACUAAAAGGGCCAACGAAAUAGACGAUGAGAUUCUCUUGUCAGUGGUUCUGAAAAUACAAAGGCCACCGAAUGGUAAAGGAUGCACAAAAUACUCCUUUAAGCACAAAUCUAUUCAAGAAAUAUUCGCUGCUGAAUACGUCCUCCGUUGCAUCAUUAACUCAGACGAGUCCCUCAACCUCAUCCUGGGAGUCGCGCCGGACCAAAUAACCCGCUUGCGGGAAGUGCUGUUGUACGUGGUGCCGGCCCUCAGCAACCGCAGUGGCAGCCACUUCCAUCGGCGGUGGCGGGAGCUGAAGGAGGCCCUAGGCUACUCCGGCGUCACCGCGGACGAUGUGAGGAACUGCGUCGCGCGCUGUCCUGACCAUGUCGCGCAGCAGGUGGCCGAGCUUGCUACCUUGGUUGGAAACGAGGACUGGAGGAUCCUGAACGGUCGCCAUGUUGCAGUGGGAGUAGCGAUGCUGUGCCACUGGAAGCCCCGACGUCUUGUGGUGGACAUUGACUACGUCGCCCUGAAAGAGACGCAGUGGGGGGAGUUCGUGGCGAGAGCGGAGGGCGUAGAAGUGGUGCUCAAGCUCCGUCCUGACGACUAUCAACCCCUAGACGACUUACUUGUGCCGCUACGCAACAGCGGGGUGAGGCUGUCUCAUUUCUGUGGGUGCGUUGGCCCUGCCGGCGUGGCAGUGCUCGCCUCUGUGGCUUGCGACUCUUCCUUGUACAUCCGCAUGGCGGCGCCCCUCGACCUCAGCGCCCUCAGUGGAACCUACUGGUAUCUCGGUGAGUCUUGCCCAGCUGAGGCUGUCCCUCAACGGGACACACUGAUACCUCGGUGA